UCCCUGUGUCACUCCUGGAAUCACCAUUGAGCUGUGUGAUUGGCAUGGCAACGGGAAACUCCCAAGCACUACUGUCCCAUUCCACUAAGAAGUGGGCAGACUCUGUGGGGAGGAUUCUACAGAGGAAAGGUCUUCGAUUCAUCACAGAGUCUGAGAUCGGAUUGGCUGCCAUCUAUGUCAGCUGUGACAAGUACUGCAAUCCCUCCAAUCAGAAGGCUGACUCAGAAUCCAUGAGAAUGAAACCCACCAUCCCUGGCGCCACGCUAUCCCAGAAUGCACCAGUGGACGAGACGGUAAUGCCAGCGGUGUCUCAGAACAUCACAGCCUAUGCUGUAAACACAGAGCCGUCACAGGGCAUCAGUGGGUAA